AAUGGCAGCUCAACGUAAUCCCACCACCACCUUGCAACGUCCUUCAAAGUAGCUUCUGAGCAAGGGAAUCAAAGAUCGAUCCAUGCGGUCACAACAUGCUCAGCAUUAUCCCCAUCCCGCAUCUUUGGCUCCAAAUCUCAAUGAAACGCACACAGCUUUUUGCUAAACCGCUCGCGGGGUGUCGGACAUAAAAUCCAAUGAUAAAACCACCUAAUUUAUUAAUCCUCUCAAGCAGCCCGCAGUUUCCCCAUCUUCGACGUGGUAAACUCAAUUUUCCCGCCUUGUGCUUUUUCGAGGAUGUCGAUGAUCUCUGAAAGAGCUGAAGCUGCUCCCCCCAUUGGCGCUGUGGCUGGACCUCAUCUCAUAGGAUACUUCUUGAACUGGGGCCUGUUUGGUGUAUUAUGCGUUCAAGUCUUCCUCUAUUACCUAGCAUUCCCAAAAGACAGAAAAUCAAUGAAACUCCUCGUAUACUUCCUCUUGGCUCUGGACACCGUCCAAACUAUCCUCAUCACCAACGACGCUUUCGAGAAAUACGGAUUGGAGUUCUCGAAUCCAGCUGGAUUAUCGAAGAUGCGUAACGCGUGGUUUUCGAUUCCGACUAUAAGUGCUAUCAAUGGUACCGCCGUACAACUAUUCUUCGCCUACCGUAUCGCAACAUUAUCCGGGUCGAAGAUACUAGGAGGAUUCGUCGCCCUCUUGGCUGUGACUGGAGGCGCAGGCGGCUUGGCAGCGGGUGUCAAAUCUAGAAUUGUUAAUAAUCUAGCCACGAUUGCUGUGAAGGCACGGACUGAAUUGACGAUUUGGCUAUCGAUAAGUGGAGCAUGCGAUGUGAUCAUCGCCGUGUGCAUGGUUGUCAUUUUGUCCCGGAAGAAAACUGGAUUCAACACUGCAACUGAUGAUGCUAUUACCAGGAUCAUACGGUUGACUGUCGAGACAGGUUCACUCACUGCCGUACUCGCAAUAAUAACCGUAGCCCUCUUCUUCGGCUUCCCCACCCGAGCAUACUGGAACGUCCCCAUAGACGUCCUAGGCAAACUCUAUUCCAACAACCUCAUGGUUAUCCUGAACAGGCGGAUUAAAAUUACAGAUGGGAGGAGCUCAAACUCCGGUGGUGGUGGGAGUCAUGGAGGCCCCCAACAGACAACGUCUGCGAGGAGUUUGGAGUUUAGUUCGAGGCCGCAUUUCAACUUUCAUACAAAUAGUGGUGGUGGCGGUGGUGGUAGACAUGGGGGUGGGGGGAUCGGGAGUGGAGGGGUGGAUAUGCCGAUUAAGAUACGUAGGGAAGUUUGGGAGGAAAGUGUGAGUGAUAAUGGGGAUGUUAAUAUUAAGAUGGAGGAUAUGCCUGUGGAUGUGGGGUCUCAGGUGGGGGAGGAUCCGAGGUUUCCUGUGCGUUCGCACCCUCCGCAUCCCCAUGCGAACCCCCAUGCGUAUUCGUAUUCGCCGCCGCCAAGUGGGGGUGGUGUGGUUUGAUACUGGUGUUGGGUUUUUGGUUUUAUCCGUUUAUUGUCCCCCCCCCCUUUGAUAUUCCCUUCAUGAUACGUUCAUUUUAACGAUAUUGCAUUAUCGUUUUACCCGCUACGAUUUUAUACUUACGGAUGUAAGAAAUGUAUGUAUGUAUAGUACGUAUAUCUAUAUACACAUUCAAUGAUAACUCGG